UCCACAAAAAUAGAAAACUCACUCUUUUGGGAGAGCAUUGCAUGAGCCAACAACAGCCCCGGAGGCCCGGCGAUCAGCCGGUGGAGCCGAUCAAGUACGGUGACGUUUUUCCUCAUGUUGAGGGCGACCUUGCUCACAAGCCGGUGAUGCCGGAGGAUGCUGCAGCGAUGCAGUCAGCUGAGACCGCCUUGCUCGGGAAGACACUGCAAGGCGGUGCUGCCGCAGCAAUACAAUCUGCUGCUGCGCAAAAUGAGAUGGCUGGCCUUGUUGGUUGUGGCAACGAUACUGGUAACGUCGUUGCUGACGACGUAAGCAUGACUGAGACGGACAUGUCAAGGAGGAGGGUUAUUACAGAGUUAGCUGGUAGACAGGUUGUGACGCAACAUGGCGAGAGGGUUCCCAUUGCAUCAUUGUCUACGUUGAAUCCUCACGAAGAGGGUGGAGGAGGAAUAACGAUCGGCGAAGCAUUGGAAGCAACAGCUAUAUCAGCGGGGGAGAAGCCAGUGGAAUGGAGUGACGCUGCUGCAAUCCAAGCAGCAGAGGUGAGGGCAACUGGGCGGAUGAAUAUAGCUCCAGGAGGUGUCGCCGCCACCGCUCAAUCGGCAGCCACUAUGAAUGCUCGAGUAACAAAAGAUGAAGACAAGACCAAACUCGCAGAUGUUCUAAAGGAUGCUCGAUCAAAGCUGUCGGCGGAUAGACCAGCGACUAGGCGAGAUGCAGAGGGGGUGGCCGGAGCUGAGAUGCGAAACGACCCCUUUCUCACUACACAUCCUACUGGUGUUGCCGCCUCCGUUGCUGCCGCCGCCAGGCUCAACCAGAAUAACAAGUAGGGCCCAUUGCCUUCGUUUGUGUGUUUAUAAAAAUGUGACUUUGGAUCUUUUGUUUCCCCUUCCAAACCAGUAAGUUGGAUGUUUGUC